AGUUCAUAUUUGCCAAGCAUCGAAGUCACCACGCAGGAAUCGCGCUCAAAUACCAAAAUGAGUGACAAGGAGAAGCUUAUCAUGCAGGAAUAUGGCUCACCAACUGCAGAAUCUACAAUCAACGGAUGCAAAAAGGAUAAUAAGAGAAAGUUGCCCUGGUAUUUUGCGAGUGGAUUUCUGCUUUUCUGGGCUUUACUCUUCUUUGCCGUGGUAAUACCAAUCUUCUAUCGGUUACCGACGGCACUGACAAUGGAGGACGCACAAAAGAAUGUGUUUAUUGCCGAGCGAGCCUACAAGGAUCUAUAUUAUCUAUCCAACAUUGGUACCAAAAUGGUCGGCAGCAGGGCAAACGAGAUUGAAGCUGUUGAAUUCCUCCUAAAGCAACUCAAUCAAAUUAAGGAAGACUCACUAAAGGAUUAUUUUGAUAUAGAAAUUGAUUUGUCGCAAGUCUCGGGUGAAUUUAUUUACUCGGAUCUAAUUAACAUGUACCAAGGCGUUCAAAAUAUUGCGGUCAAAAUAAGUUCCAAGAAUAGUACGAGUCAGAACUACCUCCUAGUGAAUAGUCACUUUGACUCGAAACCAGAUACUCCAUCAGCUGGAGAUGCUGGAUUUAUGAUAGUCACCAUGAUGGAAGUUUUGCGAGUGAUGGCAACAACGAAGCAGACCUUUGAACAUCCCAUCGUCUUUCUAUUUAAUGGAGCUGAAGAAAGCUUUCUUCUGGCCUCUGAUGGCUUCAUUAAAACACAUAAAUGGGCGCCAAAUUUAAAAGCCUUAGUUAAUCUCGAUGCAGCUGGCAGUGGAGGACGAGAAAUUCUAUUUCAGAGUGGACCCAAUCAUCCUUGGCUUGUUAAAUAUUAUAAGAAGUGUGCCAAAUAUCCCUUUGGCUCAACAGUGGCUGAGGAAAUUUUUCAGUCAGAUGCGCUGCCUUCUGAUUCUGACUUUAGAACUUUUAAGAAACACAUGCCAGGUCUGGAUAUGGGUCAAGUCAUUAAUGGUUAUAUUUAUCACACCAAAUAUGACACCAUCGAUGUGAUUCCCCGUGAAUCACUUCAGAAUUCCGGCGAUAAUGUUCUUAGUCUGGUUCGUUGUUUAUCCAAUGCAACAGAAUUACAUAAUACAGAGGCUCAUAAGAUUGGUCAUGCGGUCUAUUUUGAUUUUUUAGGGCUCUAUUUCUUCCACUAUUCUGAAUCUACUGGAGAAUCAUUGAACUUUGGCGUUGCUGGAACUGCUCUAAUUCUAGCUUUUAUUUCAAUGUGGCGAAUGGCAGCUGUAUCCCAUGCUUCAAUUUGUUACGUAAUCCGAGUGUUUAUCAUCGUACAUGUUAUGCAGAUUAUUUCCUUCGUACUCGCGUUCGCCUUUCCAAUUGUGGUCGCAUAUGCGAUGGACUCCUUCGGUUUAUCACUUACUUACUAUAGCAACUUGUUACUGGUAGUUGGAUUGUAUGUGUGUCCCUCACUUAUUGGCCUCAGACUGCCCAUUACCAUCUACUACAGUCUUCAGCGCAACAAUAAAAUCUCAAGUCCAUACCAUCUGCAAUUGGCAUUGCAUAGUCAGGCCAGCAUUCUGGCUAUUUUAGCCAUAUUUUUCACAGUAUUGGGUAUUCGUUCAUCAUAUAUUUUCACAAUUCCACUUAUUUUCUACGUUAUUUCCUUGGGUCUUAAUCUAAUGACCAUUCUGCACGACCUUGGCUAUGCCUGGACAGGCCUACUAAAAGUGAGCCAGAUUAUUCCUUUUCUGUACAGCAGCUAUCUCUUUUAUCUAUUCAUUGUGGUGCUAGUCCCAAUGGUGGGCCGAUCGGGAAGUGCCUUCAACCUAGACAUGGCUAUUGCAGUCCUGGCAGCCCUAGGAACCGUUCUGUCCUUCGGAUUUUUGGUACCACUAAUAAAUACUUUCCGACGUCCAAGCCUUGUGAUAUUUAGUCUUGUGGCAACUACAACUCUUGCUAUUUACUUGGCCAGUAGCACACAAAUAGGAUUUCCAUAUCGUCCUAAGACGAGUGGUCACCGAGUUGCAUUCCUGCAUGUGCGAAAUAGGUUCUACGAGUACGAUGGUUCACUCAGUAAGGAUGAGUCUGGUUACCUAUUUAACUAUCAAGAUCGGCGAGAGGAAAAAGCUCUGGAGGGCACAAAGGUUAAUCUGACUGGCUUGGUCAGUAUUGAAAGCAAUUGUUAUACUCACAUGAUGUGCGGAAUGCCGUUGUUUGAUUUCCGCUAUGUGGACAAUCGUUUCCAAAGCAAAUGGUUGCCACGAGAGGUUCCCGUUAUACCACCAGGCUCAAUCAAACUGGAGUUGCUCAGCAAAACAAUUCUUAACACGACAACGGUGCGAUUUGAAUUCAGUAUGGAGGGAUCAGCUCAAAUGAAUUUAUUCUUUCAACCGUAUGAAGAUGUGAAGAUAACCAAAUGGUCUUUCUUAAGUGAAUAUCUGGAUAAUCCCCCAGCGUAUCCAUUAUCCUAUCAUGUCUGUUUUAACUACGGUAUUGAUAGCUCGCCUUUGAAGUUUUUCCUCGAAAUAACGAAAUGGAACGGAAACUUUAAGGUACCUCUAUUUCAAAUGGGAGUAUCGGGACAUUUUAUUGGAUAUAAGCGAGAUGCUGAAAGUGAAAAGUUCGCAUCCUCAUUUCCCUCCUAUGCUAUUCUGGCCGAUUGGCCAUCCUCAUAUGACAGAUAUAUUUUUUAGUGUAGAUAAUACGAACAUACAUUAUAAUUUAUUAUUUAAUAAAAAGAACAAACAACUUUUUACUGUAUAAA